AACAGUUAAGUUGGUUAACAAAAAGGGCCAAUGUUGGCACACUGAAAUUCUAAUGUCACACUUGCACACAGCUGCAUUGAAAGCCACCAAAUUAAACCACUUGAAACAGCUUCAUGCGCAGCUCUUUCAACGCUCUCUCUGUUCUGACAACUACUGGGUGGCGCAGCUCAUCAAACUCUGCACGCGCCUCCACGCUCCGCCCACUUAUGUUAACCGAGUUUUCGAUUCAGUCCACCAACCCAAUGUCUUUAUUUUCACUAAUAUCCUCAAGUUCUACUCUCAAUUGGGUGCCCACAGUGAUGUUCUCUACCUGUUUGACAAAAUGCAGAAAUGCAAUGUAGCCCCUGAUGCCUUUGUAUACCCGAUUCUUAUUAAAGCAUCUGGAAAAUGGGGCGUUGUGUUCCAUGCGCAUUGUAUCAAAAUGGGUCAUGAUUGGGAUAGGUUCGUUCGCAAUGCGAUUAUGGAUAUGUAUGGAAAGUUUGGGCCUUUGGAGAUUGCGCGGGAACUGUUUGAUGAAAUUCCUGAGAGAGCUGUUGCAGAUUGGAAUGCUAUGAUUUCAGGGUGUUGGAAUUGGGGUAAUGAAGUUGAAGCGAGGAGUUUGUUUGAUUUGAUGCCUGAGAAGAAUGUGGUUACUUGGACUGCUAUGGUUACUGCGUAUUCAAGAAGGAAAGAUUUGGAGAAUGCUAGGAAGUAUUUUGAUCAAAUGCCGGAGAGGAGUGUUGUGUCUUGGAAUGCAAUGCUGUCGGGGUAUGCUCAAAAUGGGUGUUCUGAAGAGGUUAUAAGGUUGUUUAAUGAGAUGAUGAGUUGUGGGGUUUGCCCUGAUGAAACUACAUGGGUUACUGUCAUUUCUUUGUGUUCUUCGCAUGGUGAUGCUAGCCUUGCGGAGGGGCUUGUUAAGAUGAUAAAUGACAAGGGUGUUCGCUUAAAUUGUUUUGCAAAGACUGCUCUACUUGACAUGUAUGCCAAGUGUGGGAACCUUGCUAUGUCUAGAAAGAUCUUUGAUGAAUUAGGUACGUACAAGAACUUAGUUACAUGGAAUGCAAUGAUUUCAGCAUAUGCAAGAGUUGGUGAUUUGGCUUCUGCAAGAGGGCUCUUUGAUACGGUGCCUGAGAAGAACGUCAUCUCUUGGAAUUCAAUUAUAGCUGGUUAUGCUCAAAAUGGACAGUCAAAAGUGGCUAUUGACCUUUUCAAAGAUAUGAUAGCAAAAGAUGUGCUGCCAGACGAAGUCACCAUGGUCAGUGUGAUCUCAGCCUGUGGCCACCUUGGGGCUUUGGAAUUUGGUAAUUGGGCAGUGAAUUUCCUGGAAAAGCAUCAAAUCAAACUGAGCAUUUCAGGUGAUAAUGCUCUGAUUUUCAUGUAUUCCAAGUGUGGUAAUAUGAAGGACGCUGAGAAAGUUUUCCAAUCGAUGGACACCAGAGAUGUGAUUUCUUAUAACACAUUGAUUACAGGUUUUGCAGCUUAUGGCAAUGCCAUUGAAGCUGUUGAAUUGUUGUGGAAGAUGAAGAAAGAAAAUAUUGAACCAGAUCGAAUAACCUAUAUUGGGGUACUAACAGCAUGUAGUCAUGGUGGACUGCUAGAAGAAGGUCGAAGGAUAUUUGAUUCAAUCAAAGAUCCAGACUCUGAUCACUAUGCGUGCAUGGUUGAUUUGUUAGGUAGAAAUGGUAAACUAGACGAAGCAAAAUGUUUGAUUGGAAGUAUGGCAAUGCAUCCACAUGCAGGAGUAUAUGGUUCCCUUUUACAUGCUAGUCGAGUUCACAAAAGGAUAGAUCUUGGAGAGUUUGCAGCUAGUAAGCUCUUUGAAAUAGAACCAGAAAAUUCAGGUAAUUACGUUUUGCUUUCAAACAUAUACGCCUCAGCAAGAAGAUGGGAAGAUGUAGACAGGGUGAGAGGGUUGAUGACAAUAGGAGGAGUAAAGAAGACAACUGGAUGGAGUUGGAUUGAACACAAGGGGGAGAUGCACAAGUUUAUAGUGGGUGACAGGUCACAUGAGCGAUCUGCAGAUAUCCAUAGAGUGCUCUCUGAAACAGAAAAGAAGAUGAGGCUAGCUGGAUAUAUGGCUGAUACGAGCUGUGUUUUAAAAGAUGUUGAAGAAGAAGAGAUGGAAGAGAUGGUAGGGACCCAUAGCGAGAAGUUGGCUGUGGCUUUUGCUCUUCUUGUUACUGAACCACACUCGGUCAUAAGGGUAGUGAAGAAUCUCAGGAUAUGUAGGGAUUGCCACACAGCAAUCAAAAUCAUUUCAAAGAUGGAGGGGAGGGAGAUCAUUGUUAGGGAUAAUAAUCGAUUUCACUCCUUCAGUGAAGGGCAGUGUUCUUGUAAAGACUAUUGGUAAGUCAUGCCUUACUGCACCAACCACACUGAUACAAGAUGGUU